GUUGGCGACGAAGAAGAAGAAGAGGACGCGGAGAUGAUGAUGAUGAUUUAACAGUGAUUCACAGCGCUUUGACAGUGACUCACACGGACCUAACGAACCUUCCUUUUUUUAAAGCAUGGGGCCGACAGGUGAGGUGGUGUUUGGCAGCCCGGUGCCGGUCUGCUCUGAAAACCAGCUUCGCUGGGACCUGAGCCCCAAACAGAUCCAGCAGCUCUGUGAUGAGCUCAUCGCCAACACCAAGAAGGUGUAUGACUGUGUGGGAGCGCUGGAUCUGGACAGCGUCACCUUCGAGAACACGCUGAAGGCCCUGGCUGAUGUAGAGGUCAAGUACACUGUCCAGAGAAACAUGCUGGACUUCCCGCAGCACGUGUCUCCCUGUAAGGAGGUCCGAGCAGCUAGCACUGAGGCUGACAAACAUCUGUCAGAUUUUGAUGUGGAGAUGAGCAUGAGGGAGGAUGUCUACCAGAGGAUCAUGGCCCUGGAGAAGAAGAUUGACUGUGAGAGCCUCACUGCAGAGUCGAAGCGUUACAUGGAGCGACUGAUCAAACUGGGGAAGAGGAACGGCCUCCACCUGCCAAAAGAGACGCAAGAGGAGAUCAAAACCAUCAAGAAACAGCUGAGCAACCUGUGCAUCGAUUUCAGCAAGAACCUGAACGAGGACACCACCAGUCUGUCCUUCACCAGAGACGAGCUGGGCGGCCUCCCCGAGGACUUCCUGAGCUCGCUGGAGAAGGAUGGAGAGAAGCUGAAGGUCACUCUGAAAUAUCCUCAUUACUUCCCCACCAUGAAGAAAUGCUUUGUACCAGAAACCCGCAGGCAGCUGGAGGAGGCCUUCAACUCCCGCUGCAAAGAGGAGAACUCGGUGAUUCUGAAGAAGCUGGUGGAGCUCCGGGCUCAGAAGUGCUCGUUACUCGGGUUCAGCACACACGCUGACUUCAUCCUGGAGAUGAACAUGGCCAAGUCUGGAAAGAAGGUGGCUGGCUUCCUGGAGGAGCUGGCUCGUAAGCUGAAGACCCUGGGUGAUGAAGAGCGGGCAGUCAUCCUCAAACUGAAGGAGGAGGAGUGUCAGAAGAGAGGACUGCCUUUCAACGGAGAGCUGCAUGCCUGGGACACCCGCUAUUUCAUGACCCAGGUGGAGGAGACUCAGUACGCAGUGGAUCAGAACCUGCUCAAGGAGUAUUUUCCCAUGGAGGUGGUGACUCAGGGUCUGUUGGACAUCUACCAGGAGUUGCUCAGCCUGACCUUCGAGCUGGUGGACAGAGCUUCCGUCUGGCACCCUGAUGUCACUCUGUACUGUGUGAAGGACCGCAGCACUGGUCAGGUGGUCGGCCAGUUCUACUUGGACCUCUACCCCAGAGAGGGAAAGUACGGUCACGCCGCCUGCUUUGGCCUGCAGCCCGGCUGUCUGCUGUCCGACGGCACACGGCAGAUGUCAGUGGCCGCCAUGGUGGCUAACUUCAGCAAGCCAACAGCUGAAGCUCCGUCACUCCUGCAGCAUGACGAGGUGGAGACAUACUUCCAUGAGUUUGGCCACGUCAUGCAUCAACUCUGCGCUGAGGCGGACUACGCCAUGUUCAGCGGGACUCAUGUGGAGCGUGACUUUGUGGAGGCCCCGUCUCAGAUGUUGGAGAACUGGGUUUGGGAGAAGGAGCCUCUGCAGAGGAUGUCCAGACACUACAAGACAGGAAACCCCAUCCCUGACGAGCUGCUCGACAAACUCAUCAAGUCCCGCAUCGCCAACACUGGUCUGUUUAACCUGAGGCAGAUCGUCCUAGCCAAAGUGGAUCAGGCUCUUCACACCAGGAACGGACUUGACCCUGCAGAGGAGUAUGGACGGCUCUGUCAGGACAUCCUGGGAAUCCCUGCUUCACCAGGAACCAACAUGCCGGCGACCUUUGGACACCUGGCUGGGGGUUAUGAUGCUCAGUACUAUGGUUACCUGUGGAGCGAGGUGUUCUCCAUGGACAUGUUCUAUGCUCGCUUCAAACUGGACGGAAUCAUGAACCCAAAGGUGGGUCUGGACUAUAGGAAAUGCAUCCUGCGGCCCGGUGGCUCUGAGGAUGCCUCUGAGAUGCUGUGGAAGUUUCUUGGGCGGGAACCCAAACAGGAAGCAAUCCUGCUGAGCAAAGGACUGACAGUGGACCUGGAAGCUGGCACGCCGUGUCCCUGCUGACCAAUCACCGCAGCCAGCUCUGCCCCGAGCAGCGAUCCACAAAGAACAAUGGACUGACUGAUUUCUAGAAAAAUUGUAAAAUGUUAUCUGAUAUGGAAAACAAUACCCAUAAAUAAAAUGAUUUGAGGUGA